UUAGUCAGUGUCAAGCGGUCAGGCAAUCAAGUUGAGCUCUCGCUCUCACUAUAAAUCGUAGCCGUGGGCCACUGCAGCCUAAUUCAAUUCAAUUAAAAUUAAAACGCAGAUCUACGCGUUCGAGUGAAAUUGCCCCAAAUUUCCGACAAUUAUAGGCCACGCUCUCGUCAGUGAUCCCGCGUCUGCGUUGGCGGCAAUAGCUGAAUCCCGGUCAUGCAAUCGGACGCAUCUCCCCUGGGAGCUGCUGCCACGGAUUCCCUACCCAUGCACCGCUCCACCUCCAUGCCGGUGAAGCCCAAGCCACUGGAGCAGAAGCCGCUGCUCCGUUCCUCCGAAAAGGAGACGGUCAAUGCGUCGGAUUACUAUCCGGAAAGUCCGGGCUUCGUACGGCGCAGAAGGUCAAAAGCAGCCGGGGAUCACCUAGAAACCCGCAGCGAGCAGAAUUUCCCCUACGCACACGACUGGGCGGGCAGUACGAUAGAGCUUACUCCAGAUUUGGGAUCCGGACCGCGGACUUCCUCCUCCGAUGGACUAAGGCGCAGUCUUAAUCGCGUGAUGGAAAAGAACGGCAAGGAGAACGUUGUGUUCCGGCGCAUUCCGGAGAAGUCAUGGCGCUACAUGCGGGAUCUGGUCACCACGCUGAUGGAACUGGAGUGGAAGUAUAUGCUGACCCUAUUCCUGGGCAGCUACUUCCUCAGCUGGCUGCUCUUCGCCGCCCUCUGCUACGUGGUGGCCUACUCGCACGGUGACUUCAUCUUCGAUCCGGUAAGUGGUAAGCGAAUGGGUGAGGGCGUCGACCCCUGCAUCUACGGGGUGAACAGCUGGGUGGCCAUGAUCAUAUACUCUGUGGAAACACAGACGACCCUCGGAUUCGGCGAAAAGUACGCCAGCGAGGAGUGUCCGGAGACGAUCUUCCUGUUCGUCAUGCAGAUGGUGAGUGCGGCCCUAAUCGAGGGCUGUAUGGUGAGUGUGAUCUAUGCCAAGACCGCACGGCCAGCAAGGCAGCUGACCAAGCUGAAGUUCAGCGAUAAGGCGGUGAUCUGUUAUCGCGACGGCAGGCUUUGUUUGCUAUUCCGCGUCUGCGAUCCCCGCGAGCAGCAGUCCAUCGAGUCCAAAAUACGAGUCUACAUCAUCGUGGACAAGCGCACGCGCGAGGGUGAGACUAUUAAAAGUCACGUGGAACUGAAGCUGGAGGGGAAUGGGGAGCAGAUUAUUCUCUGGCCCGAUGUGGUGUGCCAUGUCAUCGAUGAGACCAGUCCGUUGUCCCAGUUCACCACAGCGAAACUCUUCAAUGCUGCCCAAUUCGAGUUGUAUGUGUCCAUUGUGGGCACUUCGCCUGCCACGGCGCAGAUGACGGAGGCCAAGACGUCCUAUCUGCCAAGGGAGAUUUUCUGGGGCCAACGGUUCGUCAAUAUCAUACAUUACGACGCUCAAAACGAGCGCUAUAUUGUCGACUACGAGAACUUUAACAGGACCAUAUCGGUGGACAUGCCCAUCGUGAGUCCAAAAAAUGAUCACUUAAAGCUGGAAUACAGAAAGUGA